AUGCUAACACAUUUUGUAUUAUAUAUUUUAGGGCAUAAGCUGCCAAUUCUCUUCAUCAUCCGGGGUAAGCUCGGCGGCGACACCGACAGCGACGAGCUGCCACACUAUCCACCCGAUCACUACUACACUGUCCAGGAGCAUGCCUGGAUGGACGCGGUAGGAUGGAAAUGUUAUGUGAGUAAUGCGUUAAAACAUGAAAUUGAUGGACCCGCUGUCCUCCUCCUUGAUAAUUUUGACUCACAUGUUUCGGAGGAGGGACAGCGGGUCGUUUUCGAAGAAAAGAACGCUGCAGUGGUGCCUUUCCCGCCUAAUACGACGGCGGUUUGUCAACCGCUCGACCUUGGCGUGAUCGGCCCACUGAAAGCAAAAAUUAGGUCAAAGUUUCGGGGUGUUGCAGGAGACACUGCAAAGGAGAAGCGCCUCCGUGCAAUUAAGUCUACAAUUGCGGCCUGGGAAAAAAUAGCGGAAACCACCGUAAUUCGUAGCUUUGAGAAAGCAAUUCCUAAGUAUCCUGAGAUGUUGAUCUAA